GCCGGCCGUCUUCGUCGCUUCCGCGUGUCGUCACACUCCACUCCGUCCACCACCACCACCACCGCAUCGAUGGACGAUGGACGCACCACUUCUAUAUAUAAUGACCAAUCGUCGACCAUGUCCGCACUCGCGCAUAUCACAGUCACAGCUGCAGCCAUGGCGAAGCCCACUCCUGCUCCUCGCGCCACACCAUUCCUCCUCGCCGCCGUGCUCUCCAUCGUCGUCGUCGCGGCCUCCGGCGCGGAGGCGCGGUGGUACGGCGGCGGCGGCGGCGGCGGGUACAGCCCCAGCCCCAGCCCGGUGUCGUCGAUCGUCAGCGAGCAGCUGUACGCCUCCCUGUUCCUGCACAAGGACGACGCGGCCUGCCCGGCGAGGGGGUUCUACACCUACGCGUCCUUCGUCAGGGCCGCGACGAGGUUCCCCCGGUUCGCCGCCACGGGCUGCGCCGACGCCCGCAAGCGCGAGGUCGCCGCCUUCCUCGCGCAGAUCUCCCACGAGACCACCGGCGGCUGGGCCACCGCGCCCGACGGCCCCUACGCCUGGGGCCUCUGCUACAAGGAGGAGAUCAACCCGCAGAGCAGCUACUGCGACGCCACCGACAAGCAGUGGCCGUGCUACCCCGGCAAGUCCUACCAUGGCCGAGGCCCCAUCCAAAUCUCAUGGAACUUCAACUACGGGCCGGCGGGCCAGGCCCUGGGCUUCGAUGGUCUGCGCAACCCGGAGAUCGUGGCCAACUGCUCGGACAUAGCGUUCCAGACGGCGCUGUGGUUCUGGAUGACGCCGAGGGACACCAAGCCGUCGUGCCACCAGGUGAUGGUCGGGGAGUACCGGCCCGGCCCGGCCGACGUGGCGGCUAACCGCACGGCGGGCUUCGGGCUGGUCACCAACAUCGUCAACGGCGGGCUCGAGUGCAACCGGGCAGGCGACGCCCGGGUGAACAACCGCAUCGGCUUCUACCGGCGCUACUGCCAGGUGCUCGGCGUCGACGUCGGGCCCAACCUCGACUGCGAGCACCAGCAGCCCUUCUAGCUUGCUAUAAAAAUUCAUGUCGUUUCUCAUGUCGCUGCUUGCGAUUAGCUGUAAGAUUUAAUUUUAAGUGUUGUUGCGUGAACUGUGUACACGCCGUCUUGUUUUGUCUCAUUCAUUGGAAAUUGGAAUCAAGGAAAACUGCAAUUGUGCUAGUUA